GACAGCCGAGGCAUCUCUGUCUCUCUGCGGAUGGGCGCCUUUCUCGUGGGCUGGAGGCGGCUCAGCAUGGCUGCUCUAGGCGCGCCCACUGUCCCACUCUCCAAUGGCUUAAACAUCCCCGCCUUGGGGCUGGGGACCUCACAUUAUGGUGGCUACUCCCAUGAUGCUGUGGUGUAUGCACUUCAAAAAUGUGGCAUCCGUCAUAUUGACACAGCAAAGAGAUAUGGCUGCGAAUCGCUCCUACAAAAGGCUAUCCAGGAGAGUGGCUUCAAGCGGGAAGAUCUCUGGAUAACCACCAAACUCUGGCUUAGUGACUACGGCUAUGAGACCACUAAACAAGCCUGCUUGGAGUCUUGCAAGAGACUUGGUGUAGAAUAUCUAGAUCUUUAUUUGGUGCAUUGGCCUGAUGCCCAUUUCCCUGGGAAAAGCAGUAGAGACAUCAGAGCAGAGACCUGGCGAGCCAUGGAGGAGCUCUAUGAGAAAGGUUUAUGCCGCUCUAUUGGAGUAAGUAACUUUCUCAUUGAUCAUUUGGAGCAGCUGAAAGAAGACUGUCAAAUAACCCCACAUGUAAAUCAGGUUGAAUACCAUCCUUUCCAAAGGCCUCAGGAAUUAGUGAAUUACUGCCGAAGAAGGAAUAUUGUUUUUGAAGGCUACUGUCCACUAGCUAAAGGUGAAGCUCUUAGUCAUCCCAACAUAAUUCAGCUUGCAAAGAAAUAUGCCAGAACUCCUGCACAAAUUUGUAUCCGCUGGAGUAUACAGAAUGGCAUUGUAACUAUACCAAAGUCCACAAAACCAGAGAGGAUCCAGGAAAACUGCCAGGUCUUUGAUUUUUCACUAGCAGAAGAUGACAUUGACAUUGUAAACAGAAUGCAUGAUGGGAGACAUGUUUCCUGGGAUCCAACCCCAAUUGUUUAAAUGCCAAGGUUUUUGACUUUAGCCUUGAAAAAGAAGAUAUGGAAUAUUUAGACUCCAUGAACAUCAACAAAAAAUUGAUUCACCUGACCUAUCCACUGUGGAAGGGAUGAUCUUGAACAUGAUCACUACAGAUGUCCAGGAUUCAAAAUAGGAAUCCUACCCUAAGCAUGUCUACAGUGUUUUUCUUAUUGUGCUCUGAGCUGCUGGAAUUGACACUCAUUGUUGAUUAUUGCAUGUAUACGCUAAUUUUUCUCUGGUUAAUACAUUGUUUUAGGCAAGCAAUUAUUCCUUUUUACAGUAAAAUACAUGUUGGGAAAUUUGAUUUGGGUAAAAAUGAAGACAGCCAAUGUCCUUCGUAGUAAGACAAAUUGAACUUGCGCAGGAUGAUGGUGAGGACUUGCUAGUGUGAGUAAUUUAAGGUCAUGUCUGCACAUGAUUUAUGCAUGAAGGUCACUAAAUAAGUUUCUAAGCAAUUGCUAUUGUACCUCAUUGGAAUCCAAGUUUAAUGGCAAUAAAAAAUGCUGCAUUGAAGUUAUUCUGAUUCAAACACUUAUAAAUGACAGGUUCUCUGUUUAGGUAGUGUUCAAAAGUGCAUUCUUUUUUAAAAAAAACAGACUAGAGAAAAGCAUUUCUGUGCCGUAAUGACAAAUGUAUAAGUAGCACCACCUAAAUAUCAUGUUCAAAGCCAGGAAAUAUGUUCCUAGUACUCAACCACUCACUUGCUCUCUCUAUUAGAAUAUAUUAUGUAUUAUCAUACAUUUUCCUGAGACAAGAGAGAAGACUCCCACAAGGAUUGUAAAAACAUCAAAACAUCCGGGGGUCCCCUGGGCAAUGUCCUUAUAGACAGCCAAUUCUCUCACACCAGAAGCGACUUGCAGUUUCCGAAGUUGCUCCUGCCACGAAAAAAUACACUUGCCUUCUCCUUUUUGAUAAAAAAAUAUCAGGGAAAUGCUUCACUUAUUUAUAUCCUGUUUUUCAUAGCUAAAAAUUUAGAAAGAAGGCAUAGUCACCCAGUCUUCUGUGUGGGUAGCAUCACUGACGUCAGCCACUGAUUGAGGUUCCAUGUUUUAGCCUGCCACUUUUGGUCUCUUGCUUGCUGAGGUGUUCCUGCGCGUAUCUCUGUAGAUCUUAGAAAACCAUUUCUUGAUUUGACAAAAAGUGAGUGAAAUCCUCUGAACAGGGGCACAGAUACCACAGGGGUGUUAAGCCUCCCCUAUGCUAUCCAAAACUACCUACCUACCUACCUACCUACUUACCGUGUUUCCUUGAAAAUAAGACAGUGUCUUAUAUUAAUUUUUGCUCCCAAAGACAAGCUAGGUCUUAUUUUCAGGGGAUGUCUUAUUUUGCUCCUUCCUCCUCUGCCAAGGAAGGUGCAUGCGGCACAAAGGAGAAAGAGAGAAAAGUGCACGCACCUCCUCCUAGGUCUUACUUUUGGGGGAUGUCUUAUAUUUGGCAAUUCACCAAAACCUCUACUAAGUCUAAUUUUCAGGGGAUGUCUUAUUUUUGGGGAAACACGGUAUGUAGCUUUUCUGACUUACAUACAAAUUCAACUUAAGAACAAACCUGCAGAACAUAUCUUGUUUGUAAUUUGGGGACCGUCUGUAUAUACAGUAAAUAAUUAUCCCUUAUAAUGAGAAUACAGCUGGAGACCAUUUUUUUCUGACCUUCCAAUUCCUAUCGCCCUAGCCAGUGGCAAAGAAUGAUUGAAAUUAAAAUUCAGCAACUUUGGUGAGCCACUUCUGGAUAAGAGCAAAGAAUGGGAUAGAACCCAAGGAGCAGAGGAGUAGCUCACAUUGCAUCCUAUAUUGGGGCACAAUUUUCAGAGGACAACCAAGGCUUCAGUAAGAUUAGGGUGAAACUUCCUUCCUUGCUGGUAGAUGUCGUACUCAGGGAAAAAAGGUAACUUUAAGAUGCACCUUGCACAGUUGAAUAAAUACAUCAAUGUUUGAUUGGCAUCUUCUGCAAUAUAAAAAUGUAGUGUGGUAUAUAGAUAGCAACAUGAUGGAUGGAAACACAUUUCCAAAUGCUAAUCCUUGAUUUCUGUACCUGAGAACACGAGGACUUCAGGUUUGGAGGAGAUGGUAGGUUUUGUUUUUUAAAUAUUAGAACCUAGAAGUCCACCAAAGUUUAAAACAGCAACUGAAAUGACCAGAGCCAGAUGUAAAAUAAUAAUUGGACCAAGAGAGAGUCAGGGAUCUACCGCUUUUACUAGAACUUGUACAUUAUUUUGAGGGGAGAAAAACCUCUUCUUAGUUCUGGAUAGCUUCUUUAAAUCAUCCAGGCAUCCACUCUUAAAUCCUGUUAUGCCUUUUCCCUAUCUGUGUUAAAGAAUGCCAUCUCUUCUUCACAUUUCACAUGCAAACAGUGAAUCACAGUAUUGUGUUAAGUGUAAAUAGAACCUAAAUUGCUUUGCAGUGUGAUGCUGAAUGUGAAGUUCCUCUCCAGCUUAUGAUUCAAGUGCCCUCUCCAGAUGACAAACAACAGUUUUUGCUCAUGUGAGCAAACCUAGUGCAAUAUUCUGUGUUUUCAUAAUGAGGGAGGAGAAUAAUCUUGUUUCACAUAUUAGUCAUUACAUAUUACUGUGAAUAAAUAAAUAAUCAGAUCCAGCACCAGGAUGGAGCAGUAGGUGGCAUUUUUUUAAAAAAAGAUUUACAAAUAAAACAGCUGGGCCUUUUCAGAUGUUGGAUUUCACCUCCACUCUGCCCCAACCUGCCUUCCUAACAUUGAGGGAUGGUGGGAUAGCAAUUCACACAUAUCAGAAAUUCAACAACAGCUACAUAAAAUGUGGAAAUAGUUGAAAUCUUUGGAGGGAAAGUGAAAAUUGCAGUCUUUCUUGUGUUUUAUAAACCUUAUGAGUGUGUAACAGAUUGGCAAUAUUGUUGGUAUACCAUCCACCCUGCUGCUCAAUAUUCUCCAAAUAUGGCCAAAUGUAAUAAGAACACCAAGACGUUGAUCUUGGACACUUCAGCAUUCAUGCCAAAACUGCCUUGAUUGAACUGGUUUUCGUAACUUUUGACUACACUGAGCUUUUCAAACUACCUGGUGUGUGUGUCUUGGGGGAUUGAUUAGAGAUACCGUCUUGGCAACAAUCCUAUUUUACCCACACUAGUGCAAUAUAUAUGAAGUAACUGGGGGCAUGCAUUAAGAGACUGGGAAUGAGGAAUUAACCAGUAUGUUGAUGAUGCCCAGCUGUAUUUCACUCUGAAUUUUGUCACAUUCCUAACCUAUACCUUGGAUAACUGGGACCUACAGACUGGUCCUGACAAGGCAGAGAUGGGCAGUUUGUCUCUACUAAAUCAAAUUGCUUUCCUCCAAGAAGAACAGGCGUGUUUUCUACUAUUUUCAAAAUGUAUUUUCAAUUCUGAUGUUUCUGUCAUGAUGUUCUCCAUUUUAAUGACUGUUUCUUUAUAAUACAGUAUAUCAUUAUUGAUCAAUUAAUAACGUUAAUCAACGAGUGAACAAAGUAUUUAUUAAUAAUUGGUAAUAUAUUUGUAAUAACUGUAAUUUUAAAUAAAAAAUAACCUAACACA